AUGACUGAUGGAGACUACGAUUAUCUGAUCAAACUCCUGGCCCUUGGAGACUCUGGGGUUGGAAAAACAACGUUCCUGUACAGAUACACCGAUAACAAAUUCAAUCCAAAAUUCAUCACGACAGUAGGGAUAGAUUUUCGGGAAAAACGAGUGGUAUACAACAGCAGAGGACCAAAUGGAUCUCCAGGAAAAGCCUUCAAAGUACAUCUCCAGCUUUGGGACACAGCCGGACAGGAAAGAUUUCGAAGUCUUACAACAGCGUUUUUCAGAGAUGCUAUGGGCUUUUUGCUAAUGUUUGAUCUCACCAGUCAACAGAGCUUCUUAAAUGUCAGAAAUUGGAUGAGUCAGCUGCAAGCCAAUGCAUAUUGUGAGAAUCCAGAUAUAGUCUUAAUUGGUAACAAAGCUGAUUUAUCAGACCAAAGGGAGGUAAACGAAAGGCAAGCGAAAGACCUGGCAGACAAAUAUGGCAUACCGUACUUCGAAACAAGUGCUGCUACCGGACAGAACGUGGAGAAGGCUGUGGACACGCUUCUGGACUUGAUAAUGAAGCGUAUGGAGCAGUGCGUGGACAAGACACAGGUCUCCGACACAGCCAACGGAGGAAGCUCGGGAAAGCUAGAUUCAGCAAAACCGGAGGAGAAAAAGUGUGCCUGCUAA